GACAACUUCUUUAUAGCUGUAACAGUUUUGAAAAUUUCUGAAGGGAGCUUCCUUUGCUUCACUAAUGGAAAUGAAGAAGCUGGUUUGCAUGUUGCAGAUGACUCUGCUGUUUGUGUUCUGCCUGCAAGGUGCGUGCGCUGAAGAUGACAGCCUCAGGAAGGCCAGGAGGAUACCCAGAGGAUACCAGAAUACCCCUGCUGAAAUGUUUUGCAUGUCUUCCUGCCACUGACAGUGGAAUACCGGGUUGCAGACUUCCCUUGGAGACCUGCCACUCACAGAAGUAAGAAAUGGCAUCGACAGCACACUUCUCCGAGGAGGAGAUGGCAGAGCUCCGGGAGGCUUUCAGCAAAGUUGAUAUCAGCGGGAAUGGCUUCAUCGAUACCAAUGAUCUAACAGAGGUGUUGAAGGCUGCCAAUCUCCCUCUCCCAGGAUAUAAAGCCAGAGAGCUCAUUCAGAGUCUGACAACCACAGGGAAUGGCAGGAUCAGUUUUGAUGAAUUUAUUUCAAUUUUCCAAGACCUGAAGAGCGAUGAUGUUGCUAAGUCAUUCCGGAAGCAAAUCAACAAGAAGGAGGGGAUCUGUGCUAUCGGUGGGACAUCGGAGCAGUCCAGUGCUGGCACCCAACACUCCUACUCAGAGGAAGAAAAAUAUGCCUUUGUCAACUGGAUUAACAAAGCCCUUGAGAAGGACCCUGACUGCAAGCAUGUGGUGCCAAUGAAUCCAGAAACAGAUGACCUCUUCCAAGCAGUUGGUGAUGGCAUAGUGCUUUGUAAGAUGAUCAACUUUUCAGUGCCAGAUACCAUUGAUGAGAGAACAAUCAACAAAAAGAAACUCACGCCCUUCACAAUACAGGAAAAUCUGAACCUGGCCCUGAACUCUGCCUCAGCCAUUGGGUGCCAUGUUGUUAAUAUUGGAGCUGAAGACUUAAAAGAAGGGAAACCUUACCUGGUUCUGGGUCUUCUAUGGCAAGUCAUCAAAAUUGGACUCUUUGCUGACAUAGAGAUCAGCAGGAAUGAAGCUUUGAUUGCUCUCCUGAGAGAAGGAGAGAGCCUGGAGGAUCUGAUGAAAUUGUCCCCAGAGGACUUGCUGCUGAGAUGGGCAAACUAUCACCUGGAAAAUGCAGGAUGCAACAAAGUCAACAACUUCAGCUCAGACAUCAAGCAGCCUGACUUCUACAGCAUUAUAAAGGACUCAAGAGCUUAUUACCAUUUGCUGAACCAAGUUGCCCCCAAGGGAGAUGAAGAAGGCAUUCCGGCUAUUACUAUUGACAUGUCAGGAUUAAGGGAGAAGGAUGACGUGCAGCGAGCAGAGUGCAUGCUGCAGCAGGCCGAGCGCCUCGGCUGCCGCCAGUUCGUCACCGCCACCGACGUCGUCCGCGGGAACCCCAAGCUCAAUCUGGCCUUCAUCGCCAACUUGUUCAACAAAUACCCUGCCCUGCAUAAGCCAGAGAACCAGGACAUCGACUGGAGCUCCAUCGAAGGUGAGACAAGAGAAGAAAGGACAUUUAGGAACUGGAUGAACUCCCUUGGCGUUAAUCCACGUGUAAAUCACUUGUAUAGUGACCUGUCAGAUGCCUUGGUUAUCUUCCAACUCUAUGAAAAGAUCAAAGUGCCAGUAGACUGGAACAGGGUGAACAAACCACCAUAUCCUAAACUGGGUGGCAACAUGAAGAAGCUUGAAAACUGCAACUAUGCAGUGGAACUGGGAAAGAAUCAAGCCAAAUUUUCCCUUGUUGGCAUUGCUGGGCAAGAUCUGAAUGAAGGAAACCGUACGCUCACACUGGCCUUAAUCUGGCAGCUGAUGAGAAGGUACACCCUGAAUAUCCUUGAAGACAUUGGUGGUGGAGAGAAGGUCAACGAUGAAAUCAUUGUCAGCUGGGUCAAUGAAACACUCACUGCAGCUGGGAAGGAUUCAACCAUCUCUAGUUUCAAGGAUAGUAAAAUCAGCACCAGCAUGCCAGUCCUGGAUCUCAUUGAUGCCAUUCAACCAGGGUCAAUCAAGUAUGACCUCUUGAAAACAGAGGACCUGAAUGAUGAGGAGAAACUAAAUAAUGCUAAGUAUGCCAUCUCUAUGGCAAGAAAAAUUGGAGCAAGAGUCUAUGCCCUCCCAGAAGAUCUGGUUGAAGUAAAACCCAAAAUGGUCAUGACAGUGUUUGCCUGCCUUAUGGGAAAAGGCUUGAAGAAAGUUUAAAGCACAAAAGACUUGCACUGAUGCCUGUUAUUCUCCCGUUAGUUUCCUUCAAACUGGAUGCUCUUCUCUGUAUCAAAGAAAUAUGCAGGGUGCUCAUGCUUCCAAGGCAUGAAUGUUAUACACGGUUCCAGGUCAUACAGAAGUUGUGUAUUCACGUGUAUCCAGGAAAUACUUUGUUUUGAACAGUAAUAUGUGCUUGGUUUCUUUGCCUUAUUUUCCACUUUGCUAGCUAUAACCAUUUCAUAUUCCUAAACAAGAUUUUGACACUGGGGCCUAAGCAUAUCCUUUCAUUAAUGGAUACCAGGGUUUUUGUGAGAGGUCAUCCAGUGACAGAAAUCUUCUAGGACUAUGAAAUGUUAUACUCUGCUUCUGCUUGAAAAUGUCGUCAUGCUUUUUGUAGCAUUUCUGCAAUACUUACCUUCAGUUUGCACCUGGGAUAACAAAACAGGUUUCCCCAAGCCAAUGCAAGUAGUAGUGACUAUAUUUUUAGAAGGAUAGAAUCCUCUGAGGAAAUUCUUGUGGAAAGAAAGGAGUGUUUGGUGUCUGUGGUGUGUUGCUGGUAUGCAAACUGAACAGUACUUUUCCCUGCAAGUUAUGCCUCUGCCAUCCAUGGCAUUACUCACAGAUUACAUUACUGGUUACUGAAAAAACCACACUGUAGCCUGGUCCUCCAAGAACAUCCAAACUCUGGAACCUUUGCAACAAACAUUCUCCAAGGGAUAAUUCAUUUUUAUGUCAUAAUCCACUUAAAAAAAUUGAAAAGCAUGAUAGAAAUGAAAACCAUGUUAAAAGAAACUAAGGGAAUGUACUCAGUUAGUAGCAAUACGAUGAGAAGUGAACAAAGGGAUGCCGAAUGACAUAUUUAUGUAGACUAUAAAAAUUCAACUCUGUUAACUUCACAGACUUGCACUCAAGGGGCUGCGGCUCUGAUUCAGGAGAGCAUUUAUACUUGUGCUAGCAUAAGAAACACACACUCAAAUGCUCCCCUGAACCCCGGCUGGGAUCCUCAACAGAGCUAAAUCAGCUUUGCUUUGCAGCUAACAAGGCACUGUAAAUUUGCCUCAGUUGAGGACCUAGCCCUGUCUAUAGAUAGUCAGUGGGAUAUAUUUGCACUGGAUCUCUUCCUUGGCAUGAGACGUUUACUGGCCUUUACGUGGAUUUUACUGUGGUGAAAUGCAGAAGGAGGGAAUUUUGCCUUAAUGCAAUCCCAUUGACACAGUCUCAGUUGUCUCCCUCUCCCCCUCCCUUUCCUCCAGCCCUUCAGGAUUGCCUUAACAAAGACAUGAGAAGUCUCUUCAAAUAAAGUGUUCUAUAAAGCCAAA